UACCACAAAUCGUCCGAUCGAUUGGAUCGGUUCGGUUUCGUGCGAGCAAACAGGACUCGCCGCAGCCUCCCGCGAACAACAAAUACGUACCGUGUGCACGGAUCACAAACGAAGGUUCCCCGGAACGACAGAAAAAAUUCUCGCGCACAAACACAUGCACACACAGACGACAAGAGGAAUGACGGCGGUUUGCAAGGUGUGUGGCACUAUUAAAAUGGCAAUGAUUCUUAGGUUUGUUUGGAUGGUUUGUGUUUGUGCUUGUUACUUACUUGCCUUUUCGUUGAUAGGGUGUCAACCCGAAGCGGUGUUCUCCGAAAGCCUUCGCCGCUGCCGGAAGAGUUCGCAAAAGGUGUUCGGGUCGGGGGGCGGGCUGCGCGAAAAAAAAAUGGUGCAAAAAAUGAGGGUCCGGGUCUGCCGCACAUGCCUCUCGGAUCGCCUUGUGCGCGGAACCCCGCCGUGGGUCCCGGUUGGAAUCAAUCCGAUCCGAUCAGACCUUGGGGCAGCCGCAAAAGGGAUAGUCCCCGCAGCAGGCCGUGGCCGGCGGGCCGGAAGCGGCGAUCGGGGGCUCGGCCGGGAAAAGGCCGUCUCUGCCCAGCUUGGGGCAGCCGCAAAAGGGAUAGUCCGGGCAGCAGGCCGAGGCAGACGCCGCUCCCGGCAUGCGGACGGCGGUGGGGCCCUUCCGGCGGCGGUUGCGGCCGGGGGCCUCCCCGGAACCGCCGAGGCUCGAAGGGUCCAUCACAAAGGUGAUGGGGCCGGCCUUGGCGACCGACCCGGCGUUGGCCUUGGCGUUGCCGGCGGCAGCCGUGGUCAGGGCCGCGGUGGGAGAGGCGGCGAGGGCGGCGAGGACCAGGAGGGAGCGGAAGGUGGGUGCGGGCAUGGUGGUGAGUGAGAGAGCGACAGAGAGAGGUACGAUGGGCGGGGUUUGGUUGCAAUCCAAGGAAAUGAAAUGCAAUGCGUCGUUUCUUGGGAGCGUCGGAAAGGGUCUUCUGGUUUGCGAAAGAAUUUCGAACUUCCGGUUUUGUGCGAACACGGUUUGCCGGAAGCGAACCAAGAACGGAGGAACGCGUCCUCCUCGGUGUGCAAGGAAGAACGAGCCGUGAUUUUUACGGCCUACAAAAAGGCCCUGACGGGCGCCUAAAAACAAAUACAUAACGGUCAU